CAUUUUGCAGGUGAAACCCAGUCCACCCCCCUCCUGACCGUUUGGGCCCCCGGUAGGCCCGUCCAUACUUGCAGCACAGUGUGUAUACAGUGUCAUUUUUCAGUGUUACUCCUUCCACGUGAAUGCUAAUGAAUACUGCCUCCACCGCUGGAACAGCUUUACUUGUUUUUUUUUAAGAGUAACUCCUUGUUGCUGGUGAGUGUGCAGUGGUUGGCAGGGCUGUGACGCUGUGUGGUGCAGGUUUCAGUGUUGCACAGGCCGGGCCCAGUGCUGCAGGUUGUCCGGUAGGGUGCCUGCCGAGCUACAAGCAUGCUGUUGAUGUCAGGAGCAGAGGAGGGGAACGUGAGGAAUGGCUGAAAACGGACGGUGAUCUCCUGCAAGGAAACAAACCGGGAAAGCGAAUGAUUGUCCGGUGUGUGCCAAACUGAACAUUUCACAUGUCUCCGGAUCAGCCUCGUUAAGCGACGCGUUAAAAGGCACCGCUCGGGUUUUUUUGUGGAGAGAGAGAGGAGGGGGGUGUUAUUUAAUGGGACAACGAAAACGCAAAAAACGCAAGGUAGGCUACCGCUCCUGUCGCCAGCACUGCUACUUUAUUUUCAUGGACUAAUACGACACACGGGGUUGAGAAAUGUUUCACAGCAAGGCUUCAUCUCUUCAUGCCUGAACCGACCGACCAAACCACAUGAGAAGUCGACGUCCGGAAUAGAUUAAACCCACAAACAAAGCCUCUCCAACCCCCCUCUGCCCGCCGUUUUGUGUCGCUUUUCACCUGAACCGACGAGGAGGAAAAAUGCGUGUGGAUUUGUUUUGGAUAUGUUUGUGGUGUUUCCUUCGUCCUGGUGCCGCCGGUCAAGGGCAGUCGACGGCCGUUUGUUCGCCCUCUUGCAGCUGCGAUGAAGAUGGAGGUGCAGACUGCUCCGGGAGAGGACUGACCACCGUCCCAGCCGGGCUCAGUGCUUUCACCUACUACCUUGACCUGAGCAUGAACAACAUCACUGAGCUCCCAGCAUAUGUCUUCAAGAACUUCCCCUAUCUGGAGGAACUGCGUCUUGCAGGGAAUGACCUGUCAUUCAUCCACCCUGAAGCCCUGUCUGGACUGCAUCAGCUCAAAGUCCUGAUGCUUCAGAAUAAUCAGCUGAAGACUGUGCCCAGUGCAGCCCUGAAGAACCUUCAUUCUCUCCAGUCUCUCCGCCUGGAUGCAAACCACAUCACCACAGUUCCAGACGACAGCUUUGAAGGCCUUCAGCAGCUGCGCCACCUCUGGUUGGAUGAUAACAACCUGACGGAGGUCCCCAUUGGUUCCCUGAGACACCAGGCGAACCUUCAGGCUCUGACGCUGGCUCUCAACCGCAUCUCGCAAAUACCAGACAACGCCUUCGCAAACCUCACCAGUCUAGUUGUGCUGCAUCUUCAUAACAACAGAAUUAAAGAGAUAGGAGACAACUGCUUUGCUGGACUCACAAACCUGGAGACGCUAGAUCUGAACUUCAACAACCUGAUGGUUUUUCCCAAAGCAAUAGAGGCUCUGCCCAAACUGAAGGAACUCGGGUUUCACAGCAACGAUAUUGCCUCCAUACCUGAGGGGGCCUUUCAUAACAACCCCCUGCUGCGAACCAUACAUCUUUAUGACAACCCUCUGUCCUUCGUCGGCGCUUCAGCUUUCCAGAAUCUCUCCGACCUGCACUCCCUGAUGCUGCGUGGAGCCAGUAUGAUGCAGGACUUCCCCAUCCUCACGUGGACUAAUAACCUUGAGAGUCUGACCCUGUCAGGAACCAAGAUAUCGUCCAUCCCCGCUGAUCUGUGUGAGGAUCUCAAGUUGCUUCGGACGCUAGACCUGUCCUACAAUGAGAUCAAGGGGCUACCAUCUCUCCACGGAUGUGUUCGACUGCAGGAGAUAAGCUUUCAGCACAACCAUAUUCAACAAAUUGAAAGGGACACUUUCCAGGGUCUCUCUGCUCUCCGUUUACUAGACCUGAGUAGAAAUGAAAUCCGAUUUAUCCACAGAGAUGCUUUCCUCACCCUCACUGCCCUCACAAACCUAGAUCUGAGUAUGAACUCUCUGACUGUGAUUCCAACGACUGGACUGAGUGCCGUCAGUCAGCUCAAACUCUCAGGGAAUCCACAGAUGAAAAAUGUGCUGUCUGCGAAAAACCUACCCAAACUCAGGUCCAUCUCUGUCCCUUACGCCUACCAGUGCUGCGCGUUCGUUGGAUGUGACUCAGUGACGAGUUCCUCUGAGGAAAAUGAUGUCAAGAAAUCUACAGGGGGGGAGGAUGUGGAAAGAAUCUCAAUGAUCAUGCACUGCUCUCCUUCGCCAGGAGCUUUCAAGCCUUGUGAGCACCUCCUCGGUAACUGGAUGAUUCGUCUGACCGUCUGGUUUAUCUGCCUGGUGUCUCUGGUCUUUAACAGCCUGGUGCUGGUGGCCACCUUCUCCUCCACACACCGAGCUGCAGGCCAUUCUCACUCCCUGGCUCCGUCUCUCUCUCCAGCCAGGCUGCUGAUGGGGCUGCUGGCCCUGGCCAACCUUCUCACAGGCGUGUACGUCAGCGUGCUGACCGUGCUCGACGUCGCCACCUGGGGCUCCUUUGCAGAGUUCGGCGUGUGGUGGGAGAUGGGGCCCGGCUGUCAGAUCACGGGCGCUCUGGCGGUCUUCUCGUCAGAGUGGGCAGUCUUGUUGUUGUCGCUCGCAGCCGUGGAGCGCAGCGUGGCCGUGCGGACGAUUCUCGGGAAAGUAAUGAUGUCACCCAGGAGGAACGGCGGCAGCGGACAUCGCGGGUGCUGGAGAGGAGACCGACGCUUCAGCCUGGCUGCGGGGCUGCUGGGGCUGCUGGCUGCUGCCGGAGCCUGCCUCCCUCUCCUGACCUCCAGCGACCAGUCGGCCUCUCCUCUCUGCCUGCCCUUCGCUGGUGGCGAGAGUCCAGCUCUGAGUGUCACUGUGGUUCUGGUGCUGCUCAACGCACUCGCCUACCUGUUCACUGCAGCUGUGUACACCCAGCUGUACUGCCACCUGGGCAGGGUGGAGCUGGCUGAUCCAGAGCAGACGGGUGCCCUGCGACACGUAGCCUGGCUCAUCUUCACCAACUGCAUCUUCUUCUGCCCUGUGGCAGCUUUCUCCUUCGCCCCUCUCUUGACUGGCUCUACAGCCGGCGGCCCAGAGAUCGCCAAGUCUGUCACCCUCAUUUUCUUCCCGCUGCCUGCGUGCCUGAACCCGGUGCUGUAUGUGUUCUUUAGCCCGGCCUUCAGGGAGGACUGGCUGAGACUACGCGGCCGCGCAGGUUUGACCAGGGAGGUGAAGGCCGGUGCUGAAAGUCAUGGAGACGACGGCGGCGGAGGCUCGGAGCUCACAGACGGAGGCUCCUCCACCCACCUGGGCUUUGACUGUGGGGUGUACUCACAGCUCUGUGGAGAGACAGUUGUAUGCGAGCAGUGCGAGGCAGCGCUGCAUGCCAGGACCUGCUCUUCCCCCUCGUCCUCCACAGUCUGUAGACACUUGGUGAAGUCUCACAGCUGUCCCACCCUCUUGGCGGGAGCUGCCGUGUGCCAGCGCGCCGAGGGGUUUUGGGCCGACAGCGGCACGCCCUCCGCUCAGUCUGAGUACGCUGACGAGGGAGACUCGUUUGUGUCGGACAGCUCGGACCAGGUUCAGGCCUGCGGCAGAGCCUGCUUCUGUCAGACCAGAGGCCUUCCUCUCGUACACUACUCAUACAACAUACCUCGAGUCAAGGAUUAAGGACGUUUCUGAACUCCUCUAUGUGCACAGAUCUUUCUGUCAUGUGAAUUUAGAUGCUACGAGAAAAUGUAAACCUUUUUAUAUCAAACAACAAAAUGUGCCAACUACCCUGUUAAAAGACUUCAUCAAGCACUUACAUAAACAGAGAUGCAACCAAUCAUUUAAAGGGAACUUGGAGACCAUUUUUAAAUGAGCUGAACUGAGCACAUCAUGUUACAAACUGGUCGACUAAGGAUCUUGCAAAGGAAAUUCUUGCCACCAGUGCCUGCCUCUUGCUUUCGAGUGGAUAUCAUGAUGUUGCGAGCCUCAAUUUAUGUGUCAAAGAUUUAGUGAUUUCUCUGUUUUACCUGUACUUAUAAGCUUCUUAAAUUUGAAUUGUUAUACAUCUUGUCAAUUUUUAAAGCUUCUCCACAGCAACUUUUGAUUUUAUACUUUGAUUUUUUUUUUUAUAUAAAUGUAGCAAAUGUAAUAAUCAUCCUAGAUUUUUCUGUUUGAAUGUAACUUUAAGGCAGUCUUCACCCACCAGAGGGGAAUAAUGAUCACGUCAGCAAUAACUUCUGCCCUACCUGCCUGUGAUCGCACGCUUAUCAGUGUGAGAAUGGUCGAUGCCAGUUUAUAAUAAACACUUCUUUGCUUUAAGUUACUAAGACUAAGAAUGUGAUAAAAGUAGCAGAUAUCACUGUUUUAGCAACAACUAUGCUUUGUGGUUUUGUAAGAUGUUAUUUAUUGUCUGAGCAGCAGGAGCGUGUGGGUGGAGAUGAUUUCAGGUGUAUGAAAGGUGGCCUUUGAAUGACGAAUAUACAGUGCUAUAACCCUAGCAUUCGCCACAACAGCAGCACUUCUUUUUUUGUAAUCCUUUGCAAAAAAUGAACACGUGCAUAGAGGUUUGGGUCAUUAUUUUCAUUAGACUGAAGGAUAAUUCCUGUUUUUUUUUUUUAAAUCUGGGCCUUGUUUUCUGACUUUUUGCCAUCAUGCUCUUUUUAUUUACCACAGAGCUACAACAAACACACAAAUAUUUCCUUUUUCAGUAAAGUAACACUUAAGUGAGACCUGUUUUUUUCUGAUGUUCAGAUUAUUUUUGGCAAACAGAACAGGCGUUGCCUUAAUGCCCUGUCUUAGUACAGUUUUUAGGAGAAUCCUCUAAAUCUAAAUUGCCUGUUGAUUUGCUGUCAUAGGAAGAUCAUAUCCACUCAUUGCAUAACAGCUAGCCUGUAUAAUAUCUUCUAAUGUUUUUGAUAUGUAGGUGUAUUAUGUUCCCUUCAGAUAGAUUAAGACUAGCUGCUUCCCCUCAUUUCCAAACUAUAUGCUAAGCUAAGCUAGGCACACAGGUGUGAGAGUGGUGUUACUUUCCUCAUCUAACUCUGGGAACGAAAGAACAUAUAUAUAAAUAAAACUGAAUUGAAUUAAAUUUGCCAAAAUGUCAGAAAAUCAAAAUACAUCAAACUUUGGUCUUAUUUAACUCCACAAACUGUAAAAGCUUGUUGACGAACAAGCAACAAACACGAAGUCCAAAAAUCUGACUCACCUGUAAAGUGUUUUCAUGAGAAGAGUGAUACCUGACAUACGUUUGUGGUUGAUUUAAAACCCAUAUUUAAACAUAAUUUGACUCACAAACUACAAGUUAAACACAUGAAUACUGUCCAAGUUAAACACGUGAAUGUAAUCCCACUCUUCCACCUCUUCCAGCAUAACAUGAACGCAGCACCAGACUGGCAGCCAGCUGAGUCAACAAGAACAGUGUGUGAGCUGUGCCAAAGUUUGAAAUGGGCUAUUAUUAUUGAAAAUGUGGGUGAUCAUUAUUCAACCACAGAUAUUUAAAGACAAGUAUCUACAGUACUUUAGCAUUUAAAGGAUUUUUUUGGUGUUUGUGUGUAGUCUGUGUACCUGUUGUACCAAACACUUACACAGCUGGCUAAAUUUUGAAAAAUGAGCGUGGUGGAACAGAAGUAGGAAAAUAAGGCCAGUGCUGAAAACAAGAGGAAUUAACCUUUAAUAUAAUUCACUGCCUCCGUUGUCUUUGCAACCCAGUUACAUUAUGAGUGAGUGACUCAGACACUUAAGUCUGCAUCGUCCAGUUUUAUUGUACAGGUCAUCAGAAGAUCAUUGUUAUACUGUAAAGCAUAUAAAUGUAGAUGUCUUUUGCCCUGAGAGCUGACCUGAGUGAUACUGUGAGUGACGAGGGAUUGACUGAUGUUUGGUGUGCCGGAGCAUGACUGUACACAUUAAGGCGGAUACACCCUCGGAGCGUGUAUCCACAAGUGCACGUCAUGUGAGUGCUCAGGAAUUUAGGCAAUGUAGGGAAACACUUUCCUCCACCAACAAGACAUUCUUGUGCCCUUUAUACUAAUGCACCAUUUAAUUGUAUUCUUUUUGGGUUUAUCUUCUGUUUUCACGUAGUCUCGACUGGGUGUGUAAAUUCUUGCACCAACCAAAAUGUCCGUUGAUUGUCUGAGAUAUCUUAUCUGGUGAAAAUGUACAAAUCUUUUAGUAGUUUUUGUUAUUGGUUUUUGUAUUUGUAUGUAAAUUAUUUGAAAAAGAAAACAAGUAAUCAAGAAUGGGAUGCUAACCAAGGAAGCUACCUCCUCAACUGUAGUGGCUACCAGCAGUACUUUGUAAAAGAAUAGUCUCUUUUCAUUUGUUGUUACUCUUUGUUUUCGUUCUUUGCUUUAUGUUGACACACGUGGUUGUACAUCAUCAUUUUAGUUAAGUGCAAAUUGUGGGAGGAAUCUAUGUACUGUAUACUGUGAUUUUUUUUUUUUUUUUAAAUCAAACUAUAAACUAUGAAAUUUUUUGUUUUAUCUUUUAUAGAGUCAAACCUGCAGAAUAAUAGAGUAUGAAAAUAUCUCACUUCAUUUCUGUUCAAAUUAAAUCUUAUUUGUAGUUUUUCAUGUGCCAUCUCCCCAAGUUGUUUUUUUUAUUCUGUUCAAGUAGAAAAAUAAUUCUAUAAAUUGUGUAUGUAUAAGAUUGGAAGUUCACAACCAUCUUUAUUUACGUUUAUGUUAAGAUUAAAACACUGCAGUGAC